AUGAAAUGGUUUAACACUAGUCAUGAAAACUCACAACCAGACGUCAAAUCUAAAAAGAAGAGAAAGAGUUUUGGUUCUUUAUCUAGAGUAUUCACUAGGGGGCGAACUAGGCGAUCUAUUGCCAUGCCAGCCAGUGAAAGACUCGAUUCUGAUGAAUCUGGUCCGUGUCCCAAAUUAACUCUACUGAGUCAAGAAAACUAUCAAGAAAAACUGGGAAUAUUAGACCAAGUAAAGGGAGUUCACAUGUCAACCUGGAAAGCCAAUCAUGUGCUAGCUUGGCUAGAAAUAGCAUUAAAUAUGCCCAUGUAUGGUAAAAUGUGUGCUGAAAAUAUCAAGAGUGGCAAGGUAUUAUUGGGUUUGAGUGAUUCUGAGUUAAACAAUGCUUUAAACAUCGUGAAUAUUUUACAUCGUAGAAAAUUACGUCUGGCUAUAGAGGAACAGAGAGAACCAGUAGAAGUGAAAUUUCCCAAGGCAGAUGCUGUAGAUCACACAUGGAUUUCCCAUAGAUGGCUGCCAGAUUUAGGACUGGAGCAAUAUACAGCUAUAUUUGAAUCACAUCUUAUCGAUGGACGGACGUUAAACACUCUUAAUAAAAAAGACUUGGAGAAAUAUUUUGAUAUGCAUCGGAAAUGUCAUCAAGCGAGUGUUUUACACGGAGUUGAGUUGUUACGGAGGUUAAGUUAUGAUAAGGAGGCGUUGACCGAAAGACGUAGUGUCUGUGAGGAAUCGAACACCGACCCACUAGUGUGGACCAAUAAACGUAUUAUUAAAUGGAUACAAUCUAUAGAUUUAGGGGAAUACAGUGAAAACCUAAAAGAAAGUGGUAUCCAUGGUGCUUUAAUGGUAUUAGAACCAUCUUUUACUGGGGAUACCCUAGCAACAGCCUUGGGAAUUCCCCCAUCUAAAUCUUAUAUCCGUCGUCAUCUGAACAGUGAAUUAGAGUCCCUUAUUAAACCAGCUAGGUAA